AUGGACUUAGCGUCCUUCUUAAACGAUGAAUCCACAGGAGGUGGUUCAUGGGCUGAUGAAGAAGUUGAUUUUGCAUCAAUUUCAAUCCCAGUUCAACAACAAGCCCCAAGUUUUGGUUCAUCAAAUAUUCCAGGUCCAAAUUUUAAUGAUCCAGCAUUUGGAGGUUCUGAAAGAAGAGAACGUGUUGAAUAUCCAGUCCCAGAUUUCCCACCAUAUCGUGCUAGAUUAAAUAACUUACCAUGGGAUGCUUCUGAACCAAUCAUUACUGAAUGGGUUGAAAGUGUUGUUGGUUCAAAUACUACAUCAAAUUUAUAUGUUCCAAAAGAUUUUAAUGAUUCAACAAGAUUAAAAGGUCAUGCGUUCAUUACUUUUAAUGAAAAGGAACAAUUAGUUCAAGCUUUAACUUUAAGUGGUACUGAAAUGAAUGGUCGUCGUGUUUUCGUUAAUGUUGCAGCACCAGAAAAAGAAGGUAGAAGAGGUGCUGGAGGAUUUGGAGGUGAUGCUGAUUUAGAUUGGGGUUCAGCAAGAGGUAGUGGAUUUUCAUCAAGAGGUGGUGAUGAUUUUGGUGGUAGAGGUUCAAGAGGUCCACCACGUGAAGAACCAGAUUUAGAUUGGGGGUCUGCCAGAGGUUCAGGUCCAAGAGGUGGUGAUCGUGGUGAUCGUGGUGAACGUAAACCACGUAGAGAAGAACCAAAUUUAGAUUGGGGUGCAGCAAGAACUGGACCAAGAUCUGAACCAACUGGAUUUGAACCAAGAGAACCAAGAGGUGAUCGUGAACCAAGAGAAAGAAAACCUGUUAAAGAAGAACCAAAUUUAGAUUGGAGUUCAGCAAGAGGUACAGGAGUUCCAUCAAGAGGCUCAGGAGAUUUUAAAAAAGAAAGAUCAGAUUCAUCAGAAUUUAAAGAAAGAAAACCACGUCGUGAAGAACCAGAAUUAGAUUGGGGUUCAGCAAGAGGUAGUGGAUUUACAUCAAGAUCAUCAACUCAAAAACAACAUAAUAAUAAUAGAUCAUUUAAUAAACCAAAAACCGCGGCUGAUGAAGCUAAUGUUUGGACUCGUGGUCAACAACCAAGUGGUGGAGCUCAAAGAUCUAAUAAAUCAACAAGUCAAAAAGAUGAAGAAAAAGAUAAUAAUAAACCAAAUGUUGUUAAAUCUUCAUUUUCAGUUUUAGCAGGUGAAGAUGAUGAUGAAGAAGAUGAAGAAGAAGAAGAAGUUAAAGAAGAAACUAAAAAGGAAGAAGUUUCAGGAUCUAAGGAAACUGGAUUAGAAGAAGCUACUUCAAAAUUAAAUGUUGAUGAAUCAUCAAUUGCAUGGGAAACUGUUGGUGGUAAAAAGAAAUAA